CUCAGGUAGACUCCGCUCCAUAGCGUUCUGAUGGCGCCCGUCCGUGUGUGUGUAUGAGCGUGUGUGUGCGCGCCUGCGUGUGUGUGCGAGGGAGUUUUGCUCUUCGCCGUUCGCUCAUGAGACGGAAAACGCGGCAAAGACGACGAACUGUGGCGAAUGCUAAAGAAAAGCGGCCCCGUUCUUAGCUUUAGCCGAGCAACGGCCCUAUUGCGAGUAAAUGGGAUUCAACGUCGUCCGAGAAUGUAAAGACUCUUCUGAAGGAUGGGAGGAAAAGGCUUCGCUGCUACGCUGCUGUUUCUGGGCUGCGUCUCCGUGUCCUCGGUCGAUGCCGACAGUUUGUCUGCGCCGCUCAAUGUGACCAUCAAGACCUUAGAGGGCAACUCGGCUGUGGUCACAUGGGAGAUCUUGGAGGGGGACCCAGUCAUCGGCUUUGCCAUCACACAGCAGAAGAAGGAUGUGCGCAUGAUGCGCUUCAUUCAGGAGGUAAACACCACCACUCGCUCCUGUGCACUGUGGGAUCUGGAGGCAGAUACAGAGUACAUUGUCCACGUGCAGUCCAUCAGUAUGAGUGGCACCAGCCCUCCCAGUGACCCUGUCCUUUUCCGCACCCCAAAAGAAUCAGAGAAGCUCGCCUCCAAAAGCCCUGAUGAGGUGACAAUGAAGGAGGUUGGCCAGGCAGCCCAACUGAGGGCUGGAGAGCUCAUCAUUAUAGUGGUUGUCCUGAUCAUGUGGGCAGGUGUGAUAGCUCUCUUCUGCCGUCAGUAUGACAUCAUUAAGGACAAUGAGCCCAACAACAACAAGGACAAAGCCAAGAACUCAUCAGAGUGCAGUACCCCUGAGCACCCCACAGGGGGCCUCCUGCGCAGCAAGGUCUAAAAGCACCUUCCUCCACAGGCAAUAACGGGCUUUAGCCUCAGGACAUAGCUCUGAGACAUACUAGAAAGCCAUCCAGUGACAUCAUUGUAAAACAGACUGCCCAUCCUCAUUUGAAAAGACUCUUUAAUAUAUUAUCCUUGGAACCAUGGACUUUGGUGCUUGUCUGCGAAGGACACAGAGACAACCUCCCACUUGAGCACAUCUAACGAGCGGAGUGGGCAUGAGAAGUGGAAAGUGCCAGACUGCGGUGCAAAGAAUUCCCUCGGGUUUGGAUCCAAAGUGGGAGACGGUACAACCAGAGCUGCUGCCUCAGCAGGAGGUCCCAGCAUGCUGAAAGCUGGAAAGCCAGGAGCGCUAUACCACCUGAGGGGCAUGCCUUUGCCUCCAGUGUCGCCUCACACAGAUAAGGCGGAAUAUGUCAUCCCCUUGGAGGCAGAUGCUAAAUAAACCAGGGUUGUGCGAUAAAUGGAGGGGAAAGAUAGUUUUCUCAAAGCUUUCUUCCUUUAUCAGUGCAUCAUUAGAGCACACUCACUGAAGAAGGUGGUAAACUAAAGAUAUUUCGCAUAGCGCUCUCUCUCUUUCUCUCUCCAUACCCUCUCUUGUUCCUUAUCUCUUUCUUUGCCUUUUUGUUGCUGUUUUUAUCGUCAUGCCUUUUGUUUUUCCUUCCAUCUGUUCUAUUCCCCUUCCUGUAGUUUUUCUCCAAAGCAGUCAGAACUGUAAAUUUGAUAAUGUUUAUUGGUGCAGUGGGAUUUCUCUCCAUAAGCACUCUCUUGCUCUCAGGGCAUCCAAGCAAACAUCCACAGGAUGAAUAAUAGAGUGACUCAUGCUGAACCAUUUUGACCGAAUCGCACCAUUCAGAGCAACCACAGCUGAACCAACUGCGAUAUAUUGAUGGUAUAUUCGUAUAUUAAUACAGUGAUAGAAAAUAUAUUUAAUCACUUGUGUGUCUUGAGUAAAAUCAACAGCUCGCUGUCUCUGAUGAGCACAUAUAUGUACAGUAUAAGUUACUUUGGUCCUCAUAACGUAGUAUGGUCAUUAGCAUAUGUUUUACGAGUGCCGCUAUUAUGCUUCUGCUGUGACGUGUGGCUACAAUAGAGAAUCAGGUGCCUUUCCUCCAGGUGUUCCCUAACGCUUUAUGCCUCCUUUAAAAACUUCACUCUUAAAUUCCCUCUCCACUUGUUUACAAGUUCUUGUGUAACAAAUUUUUCUCUUUUGACAGUUUAAGUGAGUGAGAUGGCGGAGCAGUCUGACAGCAGACUGUCACAGAUGGACUUGUCAGUUAGAGCAGAGUCUCUGAUGGGGCCACUGUCUUUAAGAGCCAGCCUCCAGGGUGAGCUGAACAAGUCCUCAGUUGUCAGGCAGCAAUAAAGAAAUGUGCUUAAUGCAGGUCAGGGAUGAGGAAAAAUCCAUUGUGCCCAUCACAAGCACUGCACAUACAUGCUUUAUGCUCAGAAUAUCAGCCACCAUAAUACUGCACAAGUAAGACAUGCAUGGGUGUUAGUGGGUUGUACUGUACGCUCAAGAAAUAGGACCACACUGUUAAUCAAAUAAGCCUUUUUGGCAAUGUAUCUUAUUCCAUGUCAAUGAAAUGUCAAUAAUUGACCUAUCUGUACUCUUCCUAGAAAUCCAUACUUUCUUUGGAACUGUUAGGGUGGCAAGCUUUACAGAACAGCGGCAAAAGUCCCUUUUAACUUAGCACACUUAGUAACAUUUUUGUUCACCAUAACAAGCAACAGAAGUGAUUUUCAAGAUUUCUGUUCAUUUUUCCCCAAAGAGAAAAGUAAGUACAAAACUAACUACUAGGCCUGUCACGCCGCCGGGGUGGACAAUGUUGUUGCAGCUAAUCAAAACUAGGCUGGUUGGAAGUGACAAUGACACAUUUGCCACCAUGUUUAUAUUAGUUUUGGGAUUUUUCUCAUACAUCUGUCCAACCUUGCAAUGGUUUUUUACAUAAGAAUGGAUUUGUGGGUGGGGCAUGGAUAAGUCAAUUAUAUUUCCUAUUAAACCAAUAGUAAUUUCGUUCUGUAUGUGCAUGGAGGACUUGAAUCCAGCUCAUAGGUAAGGCAGCGAUUUGUACUCAGUACCCUCACUGCUUAGAUUGAUGAUGGUUUUAAUCAAGUGCGUUGAAGGGUACCUGAAGGAAUCUCGGUGCAAUUAAACAUUCUCCUGUCCAGACUAGUGGCCAUUACCUCCCCAUUUCCAUCAGGCGGUAGGCUAAACAGACUGUCCUCUCGCAUGGGUUCCAUCUCCGACUCAUCUGCUCCUUCGUUUUUCAUGCUACCCCUCCCACCACCAGUGCCAGAGACCCGACAGUUCUCCUUUAAUGACUGCUAAUUAACCUUGGCCACAGGGGAGAGAGCAGGAGGGCUGCUGGGUGAAAAAUGGCUGAUAUCAAUAUCGUGUCUAGGCAGCUUACAUAAAAGGACAAAAGGGAAGUGGGGUGUGAAAGUUGGUUUACGCCAAAGAGGAUUACGUUUUCCUCUUGACAGAUCAUUUUCCUCCCAUAUUCACUACUGUUCCUCGCUCCAAACAGAUACAAAGAGGCAGAGAGGUGUUCAGUGAAAAAAAAAGCUGCCUCAAGUCAGCUACAGUGUUCCUAAGCAAUGUCCUGCUGCAUUAUAAGUCUGGGCACACCGACUCCUGACCCAAAAAACAACCAGAGCAGCAAGCUAUCAUUACUAAAUGCCUGUGAUCAUGGCCCCUGAGUUACAUUCUUCACUCGGUAAUGGCUUUCAAAGGCGCUCUCCCAGCCUUCUACACUUCUAUACCAUUCUAUAUGCCUUGAAACAUAUCCGCCUCUUUGAUUUCAACACUCUUCCACUGUGGACAUCUCCAUGUGAAGAGGAAGCUCAGUAAUCAGAGCAGAAUUCUCCUUCAGCUAUUAGUUCACAAGCAGCACAGUUUCAAAGUUUCAGUAUAAAGAGGAGGACACACCUGAAAACGGCACCUCUCUGCUUCUGUUUGGAUCUUUCACAUUGAAUGUAAUCAUGGAAGUAAUAAUCUUAUUGGUCCAAGAAUCUAUAAUCAAAUAAUGUAUGGUCUGAUUAUUGUAUUAUUGUGACUGUAAUGACUUACACUGAAAUGAACAGUGCCAAUUUAUUGGGGUAAAAUGUGCCAUGAGACAGUAUUAUGCAAAACCAGAGAUCAUUUAACUUUCAAUAACUGUCAAAAUGGCAAUUAAGUAAUUUUUAGUUUUCAUUUAGUGCCAUUCAGUUUCCGUUAUCAGCAUCAAGAAAUAUUUAACAGGAAAUUACACAGAGGCUUUAUGCUUUCCCUUUAUUACAGCUUCCUAUCUUUUGCAGUUUUUCAAUGGAAUCUGCAGGGAUAUUUUAAACACCUCCACAGUUCAGUCUUAGACGUUGGUUGCAUUUUCUGCUCCUCACAAUCCAAUUAAUCCCAAACACAUUCAGUGAUGUUGAGGUCUGUACUUUGGGGUGGUCACAGUGCAUUAUUCGAACAACAUCAGCAGCUUCUUUGAAUUGCAGAUGUUCUUUUUUUUUGUCUAUUUCCUUUUUUUCUGUGAGGUUCUUCUUGAACAGCUACACAUCCUUUCAGACCCACAGCGUUGAGUUGCCUUCUCACAG